AUGUCGUUUGAAUCCAACGGAGAAAUUGCCUGCUGUGGUGGGAAACUACUGAAACUUUCACAUAAAUCUAACGAGAUUGGAUCCCAUAUGGAUGUGAACAUUUAUCUGCCCAAACAAUACUACAAUGGUGAUGGAAAUCCAAUUCCGGUAAUUUACUUUCUGUCUGGAUUGACUUGUACGCCUCAAAAUGCGUCUGAAAAAGCUUUUUGGCAAAUCCAAGCCGACAAUUAUGGGUUUUCUAUCGUUUUCCCUGACACAUCUCCUCGUGGCGAUGAGAUUCCAGAUGACAAGGAUCAGAGUUACGAUUUUGGUCUUGGCGCUGGCUUCUACGUUGAUGCGACUGAAAAGCCGUUCGCAGAUCAUUAUCGCAUGUUUUCUUACAUUCACGAAGAAUUGCCUCAUGCUCUGGACAAGUUCUUUAACCGGGAUGCCAAGAAAUUAGAAUUCGUGCAUAAUACCGGUAUCACAGGCCACUCUAUGGGUGGUUAUGGUGCGCUUACCGGGUUUUUGAAAUAUUACGGUAAGGAUCGAUAUGUUUCUUGCUCUGCAUUUGCACCAAUUGUGAAUCCUAGCCAAGUUCCAUGGGGUCAGAAAGCGUUUACAGGUUACUUAGGACACGACAAAGAGCUCUGGAAACAGCACGAUCCAAGUUACAUUAUCAAGAACGUUGACAAUACCACCGGUUCCGAAAUAUUGAUCCAUCAAGGUUCUAGCGACCCUUUCUUAGAAAAACAAUUGCGACCUGAUCUGCUUCUGGAAGCAGUCAAGGGAACUUCGUGGGAAAAUAAGAUUAAAGUGAAUGUAGUCGAUGGAUUCGAUCAUUCUUAUUAUUUCGUAAGCAGUUUUGUGCCUCAACAUGCUGCCUUCCAUGCCAAAAACCUGGGACUCAUUUAA